UUUUGGUUGCAGAGUGCAGCAGUGUGACACUGAUGGAUGAGCCAAUGGUUAGACGGACAGAUGUUAGGGCGGAUCUAGCGGCAUGCAAUGCCAUAGCAGCACAUAGAGGAAGAGGGAGACAGAGAAGGAGGGAGGCAGAGAGGCUGAAAAAUCUCAUCUUGUGGCAGCCUGACAGACACACACUGCAUGGGAAGAGCAUUCCCCCCUUACAGAUCUCACCCCGUGGCUCCUUGAAACCCCCACAAACAGCAGCCGGGGGAGAACGAUCCACCGCAGAUCUCGGAUUGCGCAAAGAACUCACCGUUUGCCUCCUGUCUCAGCGCUAUUUUUUUGUUUGUUUGUUUGUUUCAACUCCCCCCCCCACAAAAAAAAAGCAGCAUUUCAAAGGACUUGAGGAAAAUUGAAAGAUACCUUGUAGCCUCAAAAGAAAUCAAGCAACACAGAUCAACAAACAGAAAGAAAACAAGUUCAAAGUCCUAAGUGCACCGGUAUAAAUCCCCUCGCAAGUCGCUGCCUUCUAGGAUCCUCUUGUUGCGCUUGCAGGAUGUGAAGCAGCAACAUCUGCGGCUAACAAGCUAUUUGGAAAUAUCCCAAGUCCUGAAGGAUGGGGGCGGUAGGAGAUUUUUGAUCUUGAAACAGAUCAUUCAUAUAGACACACACACGCUAUGCUUUUUUUUUUCCUGCUUUCCUGUAAACUAAAAAAGAAAGGCUACUGGGAUCUGUAACAGAAGGGCACCUGGGACCUUAAAGAAAGGCUCUGAUUUGCUGUAGCUGUCAUGAAAUAUCUAUUAGCCACACAAAGAAAAAAAGGGGGAAAAAGUGCAACUGGCAGUCAAGAAGGUGUUUGGCAAAACAGUCAGCAGCGAUCCAUGUAGAGAAAGCAGUGAAACCCUCUUCUACUAGAGUCCAUCCCUCCUUCUGAUGUGCCAGGAUUGCAGCCAGGAAUGCGCAAUCGAGCCCAAAGCGCAUCGAUUCCCCAGUAGCUGUGCCAGUGGUUUUUAUUUGCAGUGAACUUGCACUAAAGUGAUUCUCUUCCUGUGAUAUGAAAAGCUGAAGGGAUCGGGGGCGUCCUAUGAUCCCGGACAUAAAAGAGAUCAGCUCUGAAAAAACAGGGCGUUGCAUGAUCUGCCGUUUGAAGAGAAGUGAACAGCAGCAGCAGCAACAACAACAACAAAAAAAGUUCUUGUUUGAGUUUGGACAAAAAUGGUUCGGUGUAAACAUAUUUGUACAAGAGUGAAGAGCAAGAGGCAAGCUGAGAAUAAAUAAGAGUUUCCUGCUCUCAGGCACAUAUUGAUGCACAGCAGGGAGGGAGGCAGAGGGGUAGACUUGAAAGUCACAGUCCCUUCCCCUGAGCCAAGUGGGGAUUUCUGCAGGAGACAGGAAGGUGUACUCUCUCAAUCAUGCGCUGAUCUGUGUCUUCUGCAUGGGGGGAGAACAGGACAACUGGCAGCAUUUCAACACAACAAUAGCACAUUUUCCUGUUCCUCACCCGGCCGACCAUUCUGGGGUCGUUGCAUGAUCUCUACUAGAAGUGGAUCAGCUCAGAGGAUCUGUGGGGCCAGAAGAACUCUUCCAGCCCCCUCCCCAAAAAAGCAGAGCCCGAGCCUCGCACAGUCGCCAGCAGGAGCAGCAGCAGCAGCAGCAGUAGCAGUAUGCCGAGGAGGAAGCAGCAAGCGCCUAGAAGGGCAGCAGCGUAUGUAUCAGAUGAACUGAAAGCAGCAGCACUUGUUGAUGAAGAUGUGGAAACAGAAGACACUUUGGUGGAUGGGGAACCUUCAGCAAAGUAUGCAUGUUCUGAAAAAGAAUUCACAAAGAACUCACCGAAUUACCAGCACUCUCCAGCUGCUGAAUUUUCCAGCCAUGAAAUGGACAGUGAUUCACAUGUCAGCGAGACCAGUGACCGCAUGGGUGAUUUUGAAAGUUGCUCCAUCAAAAAUGAGGAGGAGAGCAAGGAAUCCCUGGCUCCUCUUGAGGAUUCUAAUGUCUCAGACAGCUUAGAACAGAUGAAAGCAGUGUACAAUAAUUUUCUUUCCAACUCUUACUGGUCAAGUCUCAGCCUAAACCUUCACCAGUCAACCUCUGAAAAGAACAAUGCCAGUAGUAGCAGCAGCAGCAGCAGUAGCAGUAGCUGUGGCAGUGGGAGCUUCGACUGGCAUCAAACAGCCAUUGCUAAAACUUUGCAGCAAGUUUCUCAGAGCAGGGUUCUUCCUGAGCCAAGUCUUUUCAGCACUGUCCAACUGUACAGACAGAGCAGUAAACUGUAUGGCUCUAUUUUUACUGGUGCAAGUAAGUUUCGAUGUAAAGACUGUAGCGCUGCUUAUGAUACCUUAGUCGAGUUAACUGUUCACAUGAAUGAAACAGGACACUACAGAGAUGAUAACCAUGAAACUGACAACAAAAACCCUAAGCGGUGGUCAAAACCACGGAAACGAUCUUUACUUGAAAUGGAAGGAAAAGAGGAUGCUCAGAAAGUAUUGAAGUGCAUGUACUGUGGUCAUUCUUUUGAAUCUCUUCAGGACCUAAGUGUUCACAUGAUUAAAACAAAACACUACCAAAAAGUGCCUCUCAAAGAACCUGUUACACCUGUAGCAGCCAAAAUUGUCCCAGCUUCUAGAAAAAAACUGUCGUUAGAGCUUGAACUUCCAAACUCACCUGAUUCAACAGGGGGAACACAAAAAGCAACAAAUCCAGAUGUAAAUGAUGCUCUUCAAAAGAAUUCAAACCCAUAUAUCACACCAAAUAACAGAUAUGGGCACCAGAAUGGUGCCAGCUAUGCCUGGCAUUUUGAAGCAAGGAAAUCCCAGAUCCUAAAGUGCAUGGAGUGUGGCAGUUCACAUGAUACUUUGCAGGAGCUUACAACACACAUGAUGGUUACUGGGCAUUUUAUAAAAGUGACUAAUUCUGCUUUGAAGAAAGGGAAAUCCGUUCUCGAAGCACCAGCUACACCAACAUCAUUAAUAGAUGAAAAGGUACAGUCUGUGCCACUAGCAGCUACAACAUUUACACCUCCUUUAAACAACAGCUCAUGCCUAUCUCCAAAGCUGAACGUUGAAAUAAAAAAAGAAGUUGAUAAAGGAAUAUCAGAUGAUAAAAUUAAAGAUAAAGAUAAGACAAAUGAAGAGGAAGACAAGUUUGAUGUUUCCUCUAAAUACCAUUACUUAACAGAAAACGAUUUAGAAGAGAGCCCCAAAGGGGGCUUGGAUAUCCUCAAAUCUUUAGAGAAUACAGUAACAUCUGCUAUUAAUAAAGCUCAAAAUGGCACCCCAAGCUGGGGAGGCUACCCUAGUAUCCAUGCUGCGUAUCAGCUUCCUAACAUGAUGAAGUUAUCAUUAGGUUCCUCAGGGAAAGCUACACCAUUAAAACCAAUGUAUGGGAGUAGUGAACUUAUCUCACCAACCAAAAAUCAGCCUAUAAUGUCCCCACCAAGCAGUCAGACAUCCCCUGUGCCAAAAACGAAUUUUCAUGCAAUGGAAGAACUUGUUAAAAAGGUUACAGAGAAGGUUGCUAAGGUGGAAGAGAAAAUGAAGGAGCCAGAAGGAAAGUUUUCUCCAAUUAAACGGACAACACCAUCUCCCAGUGGCAGUGAAAUUAGUGAAACACUAAAAGGUGAUGUGUCUAAUGAAGUUACUUUUAAAAGCCAGCAAAACAGCCCAAUUCCACAAAAGGACAGCCGCAAAGAUAGUCCUUCAGUAGAACCUGUUGAAAAUGGGAAGGAUCAUGCAAAGUCUAUCAUUGGGAGCUUAAGUAGCAGCACAGCUAUAAUUACUGACCACCCACCUGAACAACCAUUUGUUAACCCAUUAAGUGCAUUGCAGUCUGUUAUGAAUAUUCACCUUGGAAAAGCAGCAAAGCCAUCCCUACCUGCAUUAGACCCUAUGAGCAUGCUUUUUAAAAUGAGCAACAGUUUGGCAGAAAAGGCGGCAGUAGCUACCCCACCGAUUCAAGCCAAAAAAAUAGACCACUUAGACCGUUAUUUUUAUCAUGUCAACAAUGACCAACCCAUAGACUUGACAAAAGGGAAGAGUGACAAAAACUGUUCUUUGGCUUCAGCACUUUUGUCAUCCACAUCAACAUCUACUGCAUCUUCUUCAUCUACAGUGACAACAGCAAAGACAUCUGCAGUUGUGUCAUUCAUGUCAAACUCGCCGCUGCGAGAGAAUGCCUUGUCAGAUAUAUCUGAUAUGCUGAAGAACCUGACAGAAAGCCACACAUCAAAAUCUUCUACACCCACCAGUAUAUCUGAAAAAUCUGACAUUGAAGGUACUACAAUUGAGGAACCAGAGGAAAACACACCAGCUCAAAAAAGGAAGGGGCGUCAGUCCAAUUGGAACCCUCAACAUUUACUUAUACUUCAGGCCCAGUUUGCAGCCAGUUUGCGUCAAACCUCAGAGGGAAAAUAUGUGAUGUCAGACUUGAGCCCUCAAGAGAGAAUGCACAUUUCAAGGUUUACAGGACUUUCAAUGACCACAAUUAGCCAUUGGUUAGCCAAUGUGAAAUACCAGCUACGAAGGACAGGUGGGACCAAGUUCCUUAAAAAUUUAGACACUGGACAUCCAGUUUUCUUUUGUAAUGACUGUGCUUCACAAAUCAGGACUCCUUCUACUUAUAUUAGCCAUCUUGAGUCACAUUUGGGUUUUAGAAUAAGGGAUUUGUCUAAACUAUCUAGUGAACAGAUAAGUAAUCAAAUAGCACAAACUAAAUCCCCUUCUGAAAAAAUGGUGGCAUCUUCUCCAGAAGAGGAGAAUGGGACUUCAUACCAGUGUAAACUUUGCAACAGGGCAUUUGCGAGCAAGCAUGCUGUGAAACUUCAUUUAAGUAAAACACACGGGAAAUCACCCGAGGAUCACCUUCUGUAUGUCACAGAGCUAGAAAAGCAGUAGUAUUUAAUUUUUCUUCUUUUUUGUUAAAAUGACUGAUAUUUGCUUUAAGGAAAACCGACAAAAAAAAAAAAAAGCCUUAAAGCUAAAGUUGGCACAUGUUCCUAUUUUAUCUCGGAAGAAUCACUCUGGGCUCUGAACUGUUUUGUAAAACUGUACAGUGUUUAAUAGAGGUGCGUAAUCAGCUGUUGUUAAUGGUAAAAUAUGAAGGUGAAAAGGCAGGGGGCUAAGUGGAACUUUUUGAAACUUGUGUAAAUUGGAUUAGCUUUGUGCAUUCUCUGAUGUGCCAGGCUGCAUGUGUUAUCAGACAGUUAAACUAAGCAUUUAUAUCUAAAUCUGGUACACUAUUUUUCAUUUGAAUUACGUGUGCUGGUAUUUUUCAGCCUUUAACCUUUAGCCCUCUGAGUACUUUGGGACACUCGUGUUCAUUUGGUAAGCUCUGUUUUUUAAAAAAACAAAAGUAAUAAAAUGUACCGGUUUAGCGCUCCUGGGCCUCGCCGCAGACUGGAGUGAGUGGUUUUAUUAACAUUUCAUCCUUUUUGCUUUCACAGGGGCUUGCGGUGCUUUGCAGAGCAAGGCACGGCCUGGCCUUCUGGCAGCAAAAGGGUUAAAUGGUGUAAAUAAUGUACAGACUUGCAUUAUGGAAAUUGUGGUUGAUGUUAAUGGAAUUUUUCCCCCUUUCGGCAUUUUUACUAGCGUUUUUUCGGUAUGAAAUGCAGUAUGCCUCUUACAUAAGCUGUGCCUAUGUAUAGUGUAAAUUUUAAUUUGUUUAUUUUAAACCUCUUCCAUGCCGUAAGAAAUACUGUGUUUCUUCAUCCUCUGGCAGUGAGAAGGUUAAGUCAUUUUUGUUUGUUUGUUUUUGUUUUUUUUACAUCUAGAGCAUUGUAAAUUAUUCAAAGGAUACAACAAAUAGUCUUUAUAAAAUAUUCAAAAACUAUUAUUCUAAAACAAAACUAUACUUGUUUUACUAUACAUCUAUAUUGUUAGAAAGUUCAUGUUUAAAUUAUACAUAUUUAUUAGCAAUGUCAUACCACCACCACACCCCCCCCUUCCCAAACAAUAAAGCCAGACACAAACCACAGCACUACAUGCCUGGCAUUAAAUAUACCUGUUUUGCACAACAUGACUUUGAAAAGGUAUUUAUUAAGGUUAAAAAAAAAAUACUCAAACCAUUACUCAGUGCUCAAAGGGUUAAAACGAUGAACUUGUACUGUAUUUGCCAAGACUUGCUAAUCCUUUAAAAAUGUUUGUACUAAAAUACUUUGCUUAAACAUUAAGAGGCAUUCUGUAAUAUAACCUCUUUUACUUAUUUAUAAGCACCCUGGGUUGUUAUUCUGUAUUGUAGAAUGCCUUUUUAUUUCAUUUUGUAAGUUUUCUGUUUUGUUCUGUCUAAUUAUUUUCCCAAGAUUCCAUACUGCAGCUUUAUCUUAAGGCAUAUGAAAGGUAACCCGUGGUUACCACCGCACUAAGUGAUUCUGUUCGUCUCCAUUUUUGGCAGUUAAUUUGCUGAAGUAACUGACAGCUGACACCAUACAAGAAAAUGUGUAUAAAAUAUUGGCAUGUAAACAGCACAGACACUGUAAUGCACUCUGUGUCCCUUUUUUGUUGUUGACAAUGAAGCACCAUUAUAUGAUUCUUCAUAUAACCUUUUUUUCUACAGCAGCAUUAAAAUUGUUUUUUUGCUAUAA